AUGUAUUUUAAAGCCUUUUAUGAAAAUUUUAAGGAUGAGUUUAUUUACCUAAGAAAAGAAGAUGAUACUUUACCUGAUAUGUUAACAUGUGAAAAAUCAAAUACAAUGGAAAAUGAUACAAUAGUUAGAAGAAUUCCUGGUACUAUAUUAAAGAGAGUAGAAGAACAAAAUAUAGAAUAUACAAAAAAAAAUAAUAUUGAUAUAAAAUUAGAAAAAUUAAGAGAGUUAUUUAAAAAUGCACACAAACAUACUUAUGAAAUGCUGAAAUGUGAUUUAGAUGAAAAAUAUUGGAAUUUUUUAUUAUCUUAUCAUAUUGAUAAGGAUAUAAAAAUUAUAAAUAAUUUAUGGUUAUUUAAUGAAUAUUAUUUUUACCGUUACCUGAAUUGUGCAUAUGAUUUUGAAAAUAGUAAUUAUGAUUUUUUUGAAUCUGAAAAAAAUGAUGCUAUAAAUUGCAAUAAAGAUAUAAUAGAAGAAAUAUGUUCUUGUGCCAAAAAAUUAAUUGAAAUGUAUAAUAAAAAUCCUGAUAAAAAAAUAUUUUCUAUUUUUUUUUUUUUUUCUUUAUGGUCUAAUCAAUUUGAUUUAAGUUGGAAUCCAACUAAAAAUAAGAAUGAACAACACAAAAGUGAUGAAAAAGACAUAAAAAAAAAAACGUUAAGAGAAAAAAAAUUUUAUUUUAGUACAGAAAAUAUUGAUAAAUUGUAUAAUAGCUUCUUUUUAGAAAAUAUAUUAUGCAAUGAUAUAGAUAAUAUUCAUAAAGAUAUUACUACACAAAAAAGAAAGAGGUUCGAUAUUGUUUUGGAUAACAUGGGUGUAGAAUUGAUAACAGAUUUUUGUCUUUUAUAUUUUUUAACAAAUUAUUUUGAUGAAAUAACUAUUCAUGUGAAGAAGUUCCCAUUAUUUGUAUCGGACACUAUGACUAAAGAUAUUCAUUACUCUCUAAAUAUUUUAUGUGGCGAUAAUAAAUAUCCUAAUACAGUUUUCAUGGCCAAUAAAUGGAAGCAAUUGAUAGAAACUAAGAAAUGGGUUAUAAGGGAUGAUAUAUAUUGGAAUAUACCAUUACCAUAUUGGAUAAUAUCUAAAAGUUUGUUAGAAGAAUUAAAAAAAAGUUCUUUUGUAUGUUUUAAAGGGGAUGCAAAUUAUAGAAGAUGUUUAGGAGAUUUAAACUUUGAUUUCUCAUUACCUCACAAAGAUGUUUUAAACUAUUUUCCUUUAAAAGUAAUCGCUUUAAGGUGUUUAAAAUCACCAUUAGGUUGUGGUAUUAAUAAAAACAUUGUUGAAAAAUUAAAUAAAAGUAGUGAUGAUUGGAGUAACUACGGAGAAUAUGCUAUUUUACAAUAUUAUUCACCGGAAUAG